CGGAAGUCCCCGUGAGCCUGCCUAGCUUGGCAGCUAGCCUGCGCAGCAAGUCUCCUUGCCGCCGCCGCUAAAACGGUUCAGUGCAGGACUUUCUCCUCCAUCACUUCCUUCUACUGAGCAAUGUGUUGUGAGGCAGGGGGGUGUGAGGAGCGCCACUCUUCACUGCUUCACGCGGCUCGGGAGCCAUGGCGGAGGGGGUACUGAGGACGACCCAGCGGCCGGAGCACAGCGGGUCACCAGGAGCGGCUCAGCGCACAAGGAAGGACCCACGUUCUCACCUGCAGCACAGCCUCUAGAACCGUUACUGACGGAAUACAAUGGUGACGUCUGCUAAACUUUUCCGCACAUCCCCAGCUUUGGUCACGCGCGGCCGCUUUAACUUUUCACCAACUGGCAGUUGUCGAUUCUCGAUGGUAUCGUAGCGACGCGGAGUUUGGUGUGCUUUUCUCUUCUUCCAGGACCUGUGUCCUGUAAAGCCAUCUGCCUCGGGCGGAAAUCUGGCGUACUGUCCCGCAGCGAGCUCGCACAGCGCCUCGUUAAUAUUUCAUAUCCGAAUCAGAGGUUAACAUGGGGGCAAAGCAGAGCAGCCCCACUGCUAACCCAGCUGCUAACGGACGGACCAGAGCCUACUCCGGCUCGGACCUGCCCUCCAGCACGUCCGGCAGCAGCGCUGGCAGGACUGCCGCCCGGGGGGCGAGGUACCACGGUGCGUCCGGAGCCUCCGGACCCAGCACCAGCCAGCAGAUCGGAGCCAGGGCCAGGUCUGUUGGGGGCUCGAGUUUAAGACCCCACUCUGGCAUUAACAUUCCCAACAGCGGCGGGGGCUACAGCUCCCCGGAGUCCGGCGGCAGCAGCCCAGAGGAGGCGGCGGACAGGGAGCGCUCGGGCGGAGGGCAAGAAGUUCCCCGGCUGUUGAUUGGAUCAUUACCAGCACACCUUUCGCCUCAUCUGUUCGGAGGCUUCAAGUGCCCUGUGUGCUCCAAGUUUUUGGCCUCAGAUGAGAUGGAUCUUCACCUUGUGUUGUGUUUAACUAAACCCAGAGUGACAUACAAUGAGGAUGUCCUGCCUCGGGAUGCAGGAGAAUGUGCCAUCUGCCUGGAGGAGCUGCAACAGGGAGACACCAUCGCUCGCCUGCCCUGCCUCUGCAUCUACCAUAAAGGCUGUAUCGACGAGUGGUUUGAGGUGAACAGGUCCUGUCCUGAGCAUCCAUCGGAUUAAAGCUUUCGUUGCACAGGAACAUGAGACGUCCCCAGAGGGAUCUGCAAAAAUGAAAUCCCUGGAUUCAGGGACUCUGCUGGACUCUAUGACCACUGUGAUCAGUUAGCACCCUUCCUCCCACAACCCACCCACCCAAUAAUGUAGUACCACAGUGUGCCAAAUCUCAUUUAAGCAAUCUUCAGGGAUACAAACUUGUGUGUUUUAUGUUUAAGUUGCACAUCUACACUCAGCAUCAGAGUUGACAGACUCCUCCAGCCUGAUGCUCGGGGCAUCACCAGUAUACACCAGUAUGGAGGAGGGAGACUGUUGGCUGACGCGCUCCGACUCGCCCCCUCCCCUCCUCCGUCAGCAUCAGUGUCUCCCAGUGCCUUGUUGUAGCGACGCUCGGCACGCAGCAGCCAGGACAGAGGGGAGUCCAGACUACGGCCGAGCCGGCUGUCCUCCACCCAACGCCCUACAACCCCCACCACCACCAGGACCAUCUUACCACAACUGCCAUUCUACCCAAGCAGGAGAAACAAGCCAGAGACGGCGUGUCUGCGUCUGCAGCUUCUCGCAGCUGACAGUGCUGCUGCAAAAACGGUGCCAGUCAACUGUGAAUACUGUCAAACACUCAGUCAUCAGUGCUUUUUAGACCCCGCCCACACAGGUACAGGAGCCCAGUCCAUCACUCACCAGCCUAAACCCACUGCAGCACAUUGCUGCUACUUCUGUGACACGAUAAGUGUUGUGCAUGCCAGAACAAUGGGACACGACAGCAUGUGGCAAAAUGAGACUAAAUUAAAAAUCCACCCAUCCUGUUUUUUAACUGCUUAUCCGACUUCAGCCGCGUCCACACGGGGAGCAGUUCUUCCCCGUCCGAGUCUCUUCUUUCCCUCAAGUUAGCCCACAUUCCUGGCUGGAAAAGGCUACAGCCCGACUUUUGGAUACGUGGUUAAGAAAAUGGAUGGAUGGAGAUUUUAACCCUCUGCUAGUAAAGCUGGAGCUUCACUUUCAGACAUCACGUUCACCUCCACAGACCAGACUCAACUUCAUCAGGACCUGAAAUACUUUGUCCCCACCAGCAGAUGUCAGUCUGUAGUUUUCCAGCAAAGCACCAGGAUCUUGAGGUAUAACAUCCAGGCUGCAAACGGCUCCAGUGCAUGCUGCAGAACCUGCAUGAACCUGCUUAUUCAACACCAGGGUAAAGAGCGCGUGAACAGAAUAUGUCUCGACAUAAAUAAUGUCUCGUUCCAUCAUGGACGGAUCUGGUAACGAGACAAUGUGGGAAAACCUUUCAAGACCUUCAGUUUUUAGCUUUGUGUUCCUUCCUGUAAAAAUGAGCUUCAGUUUUUUUUAUCACAUCUGUCAGCUCGUGUUCAUUUCUGCAUCAUAACCGUAGCAGCUGCAGGUAAACCGAGCCCUCACAGUACAGUGUUGCACCAGACUGAGACAGUUUACUUGUGAGGAGCUGCAGGACUAUAAAGGUCCCAGGAAAGCAGUGAGCUCUGUGAAGCUUUUUCAGGCACUGACCGUCACACUGGGAGUCAGCAACUUGAUCUCGAUCCUGGCUAAUGCAGCAGUCCAGGUGCUGAGGCUGAGGGAACGUAAGCUAAACAGAACUGGAGGGACUAACUGGACCUGUCUGUUUGGGGUUAGGUGUGCCUGAAGACCUCGCUGAGGAACCAGUCAAGUCCUUGAUACUGAUUUCACCAACAAGCUCACGCUCAGCCUUGGAGGACGAGCUAAGUUCAAACCCAUCUACUGAUCCAGGGCUUGUGUGGAUCCCAAAGCUCCAAAACACCUGAAACUUGUCAUCCUUUUCCCUCAGUCUCUUUUGCCUGUGAAGACUAAAUGCACCCUUCCUGAUUGCGCAGUCAGUCUGUGAGCGUUUGCUGGGGGUUGCAAAGAGGAUGCUACACCAAAAACCUCCUUCCAGUUGCUCUGGUUGCGAGCAGAUUGCCGUGGCCACCUUUAGAUGAUCGGUAAGUCGUUAGUGAAUGAAGACAAGUCAGCGACCUCCAUACAAACUGCGAGUGACCACAGCAGCAGCCUGUACCUCUCUGUGACCACUGACUACCACUCACCCACCAAUCAGAGAACACACGUUUUUCUCUCGCAACACCAGGCAGCCACUCAGUGACCUCCAGGCUUCUGUGACUAGUUUCUCAUCUUGUAAUUAUCAUCAUUAAAUGAACAAUAUGCAGUUAUAAGUGAUAUUUGGGAUUUUCUUUUUAUGCUUGAAAUCAUGCAGAAGCUGCAUCGUGUUAUGGAGGUGGAGACUGGCUACAAACCCGAGGUUUUUUUAAGAUUUGUCAUUUUGGUAAUUGAACUUAUUUACAUAGUAAAGUGUUUGAAAUCAAACAUUAAUAUAUUGUUUUAAAUAUGAGAAUAAUGGGAGACAGAAACAUGUCUGUUUAGAUGUGUGCCUUCUAGUCUGUAGAGACAGGAUCCUUUUUGUUUUGCAGUUUCUGUAGUUGCUGCUCUCCACCACUGGGAGGCAGUGCGCUCUCACUUGUGAUCUUGAUGUGCUUGACGUUAUUUUUGAGAUUUUUAUCAUGAAAGCAGGACAUGAAAGGUUCCUGCGUCGUCUGUGAUCUUAGAGACCGUGAGAAAAUGAUGGCGGUGCGGAGGGAGGGAAAAUGGUUUUAAUAGAAUAACCAUGGUUUACGUUUUAUUAUUGCUUUCCUACACAUUCCUCAAACGCUCACUGAUUUGUGCUAAGUCAACAUUCAUUUUGUGCUUAUAUAAAUCUGUAAAAAGAAUCACAGGCAGCAGUUUGUUUGGUUUUUGUAUCUCCCAAAAAUGAUUCAAUGGCUGAAAAGAUUUUAUAAUCAUGUUUUUUAUGAUCGUGCUAACUUUGCUUUGUAUUGUGACUCUUGCUGCGUUCACCGUGUCUUCCAUGACAUGUAAUGUGUGUGUCGGGGGUGUAUUCUGUGAAAGUAUGACGUUUUUUAAGAUGACACUGGACUCUGUGAAAUGUAAACUUUUUACAUCAUUAAAAGUUUUCAUGAGCAAAUGACAGAAGUGCAGAACACGCGACCCCUGUAGCCCCUCCUCUCACUGACCAUUUUCACACGGUCCCUCACUGAACACACACACGUCUCGUGAGUCAGCUGGGAGUCCUGCUGAGCUGCUUUACUGUCGUUGUUGAAUGUAUUGAAGCUAGUGUGGUUCUCUGGUGGGCGUUUGGAGUUUUGGGAUCCACCCCGGCGCACUCAUGACUGCUGAAUCGUCACACUGUAUUCUGGAAAUCGGACGGCCACACGGAGAUUAACCGAGCCCGGUGACACGCUCCCUUCGCACAGUGCGUGGAGGCAGGAUCGGUGCGUUUGUAGCGACAGAGCGACCACGUGGCUGCUUGAUGGACAUCUCACGGGGCUUUGACUGUACCGUCAUCUCUCUCUCUGAUCUGAAUUCUGCAAGAGAUUACAACCACUUUCCCCUGACUGAUCAUGCAGCUGAUUCCUGUGAGCAGGUCCGCCUGUCUUUUCAUUUCUGUCUGUGAAUUUAUGAGGAAAUGUGCAACAAAUCUGGCCUUAAAAGAUGACUUUGACGUUUCA